CUCUCACAGCCUCCUUCCCCCAAAAAAAUCUCCCAUUCCUCCACGGCUCCGCCUUCCCCUCCCCUCCCUAAACCCAAAACCCUAGAACCUUCUCCAUUCCGCUCCCUCGCGGAGCCUGGCCACCAUGAGCGCUCCCAUGGAGAUCUCCUUCGACCCCCACCCUUCUCAUCCCGCCCCGCCCGCCUUCCCCUCCAGCCCACCCCUGGAGCCCGCAGCCGCCGCCACCCCUCCCGCGGUCUCGUCCUCGCCGCAGCCGACGGCGGAGGCCGUAGUCGCGCCCACCCCGCCAGACGACAAGGUCCUCGUCUCAGUUGAGGUGUUGCUGCACGCCACGAGUACGGCUCGCGCCGAGGACGUCCGAACGGCGGUCGAGAGGAUGUUAGAAUCUCGAAGUUUAAGCUAUGUCGAUGGUCCUGUUCAGAUACCUCCAGACAAUUCUUUUCUUCUUGAACAUGUCAAAAGGAUCCAAAUAUGUGACACUGAUGAGUUGAUUGAGAACCACAAAAUCCUGUUGUUUUGGCAAGUCAAACCUGUUGUUCAUGUAUUCCAGUUGAAUGAGGAUGGUCCAGGUGAAGAACCAAGUGAAGACGACACACUCUCUAGCUUCAAUGAGUGGGCUCUACCUGCCAAAGAAUUUGAUGGAUUGUGGGAAAGCUUACUAUAUGAAGUGGGUCUCAAGCAGAGGUUGCUGAGAUAUGCUGCUAGUGCUUUGCUAUUUACUGAAAGAGGUGUAGACCCAUGCCUUGUUUCAUGGAACAGGAUUGUACUUUUACAUGGUCCACCUGGAACAGGAAAGACUUCAUUAUGUAAAGCACUAGCUCAGAAGCUUUCUAUUCGCUUCAAUUCAAGGUAUUCUAUGUGCCAACUAAUUGAAGUCAAUGCCCAUUCAUUGUUCAGCAAGUGGUUUUCUGAAAGUGGGAAACUGGUAGCUAAACUUUUCCAGAAGAUUCAGGAGAUGGUGGAGGAAGAAAGCAACCUGGUAUUUGUAUUGAUCGAUGAAGUUGAAAGCCUUGCUGCUGCCAGACAGGCUGCCAUAUCUGGUUCUGAGCCUUCAGACUCCAUUAGGGUGGUAAAUGCCUUGCUAACACAAAUGGACAAACUGAAGGCUUGGCCAAAUGUUAUCAUUUUGACGACAUCAAAUAUCACCACAGCUAUCGAUAUUGCAUUUGUUGACAGGGCAGACAUCAAGGCAUACGUCGGACCCCCUACUCUUCAAGCACGCUAUGAGAUUUUGAGAUCAUGCAUAGAUGAACUCUUCCGAGUAGGAAUUCUUACAUAUCCUCAGGGUGGUGAUUUGCCUUGCAUUCUGAGCUAUUCAACCCUGAAAGAGAAGUUGCACUGUCCUGAGGCUGCAGAACCCCAUACACUUCAUCUCUCCAAAUUACUGCAUGAAGGCGCAGAACUGUGCGACGGAUUGAGCGGAAGAUCAUUGAGAAAACUUCCUUUCCUGGCACAUGCUUCUGUUCCCAACCCUUCGUGCUGUGACGCUGCUUCUUUCAUGCACACGCUGAUACAGACCGCGCGAAGAGAGCUCUUGGAAUCACGCGGAUGAUUCCUCGCGUAUUGCUUGGAGGAGCAAAUGGUUAACGGUUGGAUACGAGUACCUUGCCACUGAUAUGAUGCAUAGUUUGAGCUAAUUCGAAGUCUGUUGUUCUGAGAUACAAGCAAAUCCAUUCCAUUUCUAGGUCUAGAGAAGUAGGAAGUCCAGGAUAUAGGUGCCGUUGCUGUUGCAUUACUUUUGGUUCUCCUGUAAAUUGUUACGGUGGGAUGCACUACACCUCGAGGGACGCCGCAUUACUACCUACAUACGUGAAGUUUCUCUUUUGCGGGGAUUUACCUACAUGAAUGCCAUACAUACUUCGGUGACUUGAUCAGAUCUGUUUCUGGUCAUUGGAACUUGAAAA